UUUUGUAGUCGAAAAUUUAGUCCACUUUAUUGGUAUCUGAGUACCAAAAAAUGCGCCAAAUUUGUCAAAUUAUUGGAAGCUUGUUCUGAGCGGCAACCAAAUACGAAAGAGAGUUGCGAAGAGGAACUAAUCGACCUGGUUCAAUGUGUGGACAAGUGUGUUGGUCCUAAACUCUUCGCUGUGCUAAAAUGA